AAUGAAGCAAUUUUUUUUUCCUGUCCAGGAGCUCACUGUGACUGAGUGGAAAUCAUAUUUUUAGCGUGGGGAGCAGUUGAAAGAGCGUGGCAGGCUGUGGGGUCAGGAUAUGGGCCAGGCAGGGAGAGCCUGAGCCUGCCCUUAUCUCCUCGUGCCUCAGGGCGCCCGUCAAGGGAUCUUGCGGCACCUUAGUUGAGAAUCACUGUUCAACAGAAAUGUGCCUUCUCUUUGGCUGAUACAGUCAUUCAAAUGAAGAUUUAUCACUACAGAAAGCCUUCAUAUUAGACAAGGUGUCAUGGAAAAGCUUGGUCUUGGUCCAGAGAUCCUCCUGCGUGAGAAUCCAGAACUUAUUUAUGCUAGACUUACUGGAUUUGGUCAGACAGGAACAUAUGCCAAGUCUGCAGGUCAUGACAUCAAUUAUUUGGCUUUGUCAGGUGUAUUGUCAAGACUUGGUAGAAAAGAUGAAAAUCCAUAUGCCCCACUAAAUCUUCUGGCUGAUUUUGCUGGUGGAGGGGUCUUGUGUGCAAUGGGAAUUAUUAUGGCCCUUUAUGAACGUACCAGAUCUAGCAAAGGGCAAGUCAUCGAUGCAAGUAUGGUUGAAGGAACUGCAUAUCUAAGUUCUUUCCUGUGGAAGUCAGGAAUCUUAGGUAUUUGGAACAGACCGCGGGGGGAGAACCUGCUGGACAGUGGGGCACCUUUUUAUGAAACCUACAAGACCUCCGAUGGAAAAUUCAUGGCAGUUGGUUCUAUUGAACCUCAAUUCUAUGAGCAACUAAUAAAAGGACUGGGGCUAGAUUCCUCUAAACUUCCCAGUCAGUUCAGUAUCUCUGAUUGGCCUGAAAUGAAGAAACUGUUUGCAGAUGUAUUUUCCCAGAAGACCCAAGCAGAAUGGUGCAGAAUCUUUGAUGGCACAGAUGCUUGUGUGACUCCUGUUUUAUCCAUCGAAGAUGCAGCCUCACACCUGCACAAUAAAGAACGCGGUUCUUUCAUAAAGAAUGAUCAGGAAGAGAUCAGUCCUAGACCCUCUCCUCUUCUUUCAAGGACCCCGGCAACGCCAUCUCUGAGAAGGGACCCUUAUAUAGGAGAACACACAGAAGAGAUACUUCUAGAGUAUGGCUUCACAAAGGAGGAGAUUGCCAAACUUCAUUCUGAUAAACUGAUUGAAAUCAGUUAUCCAAAAGCUAAAUUAUAAUCUCCAAAUAUACAAAUCAGAAAUGUUUUGAAUAUUUUAAUGUGGCAUAAUUUAAGGUAUCAAAAUGAAUGCAGUAAUUUAAUACUAACUAUGCAAACUGUAUUCCAAACUGGAUUAACACACAAUAUUACUAUUGAUACUUUGGUGCCAGGAGAUCUUGUUCUGAAAGUUCUCUAAUGUUUGCUCAGGAUGAAGAUGUAAAGCUUCAUAAUGGUUUUCAAUAAGCAUAGUCUAUGAAAUGUUGAUUUGUUUAAAUCCUUUUGUAUGUAAUUUGCUGAAGGUAAUAAUUUAUAUAAAACACUUGUACUUGAUGCUUUAUAAAUGGUGUCACUUUCAUAAACUGAGAAAGUCUUAGUUGUAGGAGCUCCAGUCUUAGGAAUGAUCAGUCCUGUUGUCUACACAAGUGAAGCAUUCCCAUUCUGUCUAGUUCACAGAUAUGGUAUAUUUUUGCAUCUCAUUCAGAAGCUGUUUGUUCUUUGGGGUGAUUAUUCUGCAUUACAGAACUAAUUCUUCAUUGAGGAACUAAUUCCAUUUUCUUUUUCCUGCUCCUAUUCAAUUAAGGCAUGCAGAACUGUCAUAAACAUUGCACACUGUGAACAAACAGAUUUAUGUCACUAAUGCCUGUGAUCACUAAACCUGAUAUGUUUCCAGCUUUGUUCAGACGAACAUUUCUUGCAUUCUGAGGAAUUUCGUAGUGCUACAAAAAUGUAGUGUGAUGUGAAUUCAGAUGUUCACAGUGCCCAGUCACUUACAGCACUAGAAAGAAAAGCAGGAACAUGCACAACUGGUGCUUAGCAGGUAGAAGGCUGGUGUGCAGACACCCCAGCAUAACUUGCAGGGACCCAGUCUGAAGAAUCCUGAGGACAGCUAAGUACAGCACAGUCCACAUUGCACUGGAAGUGUAAAGCCGCUGUAUGCCUUGUCAUUCUCCACUCACAAAGGCUUGCCAGUUAUGCUCCAAGCCUGAAAUGAAUCCUUACUGCUUGCUUGUCUGGUCAGGGAGGUCAACUGUCUCUGUUAUGCUCAUCAAGGCCUACCAGUGCCUGCUCAGUCUGUUGCACAUCCUGGGUGUUUUGGCAUGCAGCAUUGUGGAUGUACAUGCUCACAGGACCAGGGCCUUGGAAAUGUGUCCAUGAGACCGCCGCAUCUAGGUAUUGGCAAACGAGAGCAAGUUGUCACAUGGGACACUAUAGAGGCUGGACUGCUACAAGAGUACUUCCAGACCCUGCACUGGUGCUUUGGGCAACAGAGCAUAGCACCAACUGGUGGGAGCACAUUGCCCCAGGAAUCUGAAACAACAAGCAGUGGCACAGAACUGGGCGUACCAGAUCAUCUUCACGAAGGUCUGGAUCAACCUGGUUCCCAGCCUGGAGUGAAAGUUAUCAGUAGAGGGGCUCCCCUUACUGUGGGGAAGCACAUUGUUAUAACCAUCUGGAAGUUCGCCACUCUGACAGUCUCAAGUCCAUCGCCAACCAGUUUGGUAUAGACAAGUCUGCAGAAGCAUUGACUAGGACAGGGAUGGGCAAAAUGGUGGAUCUGGCCAACAGCUGGACUCCAUUAUCCAGCAGCCCCUGCCUGUGUGGCUGGGGCCGCUUUCCAUGGAGACCCCAGCAGCAGCCAUGCUGUGAUAGCCUGAGG